AUGGAUACCGCCAUGUACGAGGAAAGUGCGAGCCCGUCACCCCUGACCAAACCAAAGACCCGUUCCCUAUCCGACAGCAACAGCACACCGAGCAAACUAUCCCCAUCGCCCUUUAUCAUCGAAGCAUCCCACCGCGCCUCGAGGGACGAUAGCAGUAUUCCCCCGGCCAGCAAUGCUCAGCCCGUGACGCCGCGCCGGCCUCAAGCGACUGCCAAUAGCGCCUUUGCUCUUCACAUGCCAUUGUCGCGUCAAGCAACGCCUCCGGUCGCAUCGACAAGCCAACGACAACAAGAACAACGAGAGCAGGCGCCGCCUGCAGUCACCGGGCUCGGUUCAGUCAAACCUGUGCCCCUGUCGCCAAAGCUUGACCAGGCGCAUACGUUUGCUUCGCCGACAAAUAUUCUACCCAGAAGAUCCAGAGGCCUGGACUUCUCCCGCGCCGCGACAAGCUUGCACCACUCCACACUGGCGGAGCAGUCAUCUCCGGACUCUUCCCCUACGAUGGGGGGCAAGUCGAUGGCUAUCCCAGGCCGACGGGACAACUUCUCCAGAGGACCGGAGCAGACGUCUACAUCCCUCUGGUCGAUGAUGGGGAACCAAGAAAAGACCAACCUCAGCCAUUCCCUGGGCAGCACACGGGCCAUGUGCUCGGAUCUAUCGAGCUCGUCCGACGAUGACGAUAUCAUGGAUGAGGAUACAGACGAGGCAUACGUGUCAACGCCUCAAGUAUCCAAGACAGCGGCGCCGACCGGUAGUUUUGGAUCGCCGGCGAUGGGGAGCCUGAUGAGCUUCCAGCAGCGGCAACAACGGGGCAGGAAACCAAUCAAGAAGAAGGGCAGAGGUACAGCAGGGCUGGGGUUCAACCAUCAGGGUGGGGGAUCUCCACCGCCUCACGCAUCUGCCGCCAGAAGGGAGAGCAUUAGCUGGCAGGCAAAACAGCUUCAUAUCUCGGGAAUGGAUGCCGAUGAGCACGGCAAAUCUAUUGAUGCGGAUGGCUCGGGCGAUGGGCAAAGGAGUGUUGUACGUCGGCCCGUCACCCGACGAGGCAACUUGCUGCCCAAGACGAAGACCUUUGCCCGGAUCAGAGCAGCGCUUUUCGAAGAAAAUGCGCCCGCGGAAACAGAGACACGGCGUGAAGCCGAGGUCGUCAAGCAAGUGCGUGAGAGCGAUGUACCCGACCUCGAGCCUCGGCGAACCCCCAUACAACAGCAGCCACUGCCUGAAGUGCCGCCUCCAGGAGGUCAUGCUCCGGUAUCAGCUCUCUCGUCGCCCGCUCAAGAAACUCUGGAUGACAUUCCCGAGGGUGACCUAAUGGGCGAUCUUGCGGCCGGGCUGUCCAGCAGCUUCAAGCAGCAUGCCAUGCGCAACUCGAAGGGCAAACACUUCUGGGAGGCAUUUUCGGAGACAAGCAGCGUCGCGGGCCAAAGGACCCCGCCACCAACCAACAGCGGCCUACCUCGUGGCUCAUCGUCCGGCAUCAGUGAGGAUGUGUCCAUGGACUCGCCUUCGGGCGGAGGCCCUCUACAGUGGCUUGCCACGCAGCGGCGCUCCGACUCGGAACGAUCCGACAGCGCACAAACCACAUAUCCGGGUCAGCCGCCUACUGCGACCGAGAUCACACGUCGCAUCAACAGCAAGCGUCGUCGCGAUGACGACUUUGAUCCCGUGAGCCUCAAGCGCCGUGCUGUUAGCCCGGGCCUGAGCGUACAUAACUCACCACUGCCUCAGAGUCCGAUGCAACGCGAUGUUGCACCUUGGGGCUCACGGCCAGGCAGUAACGGCGGUGAAAAGGCCGGGAGUCAGAGCGCGCCCAGCGACUCGGGAAGCACACCAGGUGUUCAGCAGCAGAAUGCUACAGGAAGCAAUAGUGCCGGGAGUCGUGUCAAUGGGAAGGGCAGGAUCGGGUUUCAGGGCAUGACGGAUACGCAUGACGGUCUCAUGCGGAUGAGCAUAGAAUAG